CUGUAGCGCGGGGAAUUUCGAGUGGCAGUGGAGCGCUGGAGACCAGUGGGUCGCGGACCCCCCACCUUCUUUAGGGGAGGCCAUGGACUCCCUAGUAGAGCCUCGGUGGCCUCCGGGCCUGGCAGUCAUGAAGACAAUAGAUGAUUUGCUGCGCUGUGGAAUUUGCUUCGAAUAUUUCAACAUUGCAAUGAUGAUUCCUCAGUGUUCACAUAAUUACUGUUCUCUUUGUAUAAGAAAAUUUCUGUCCUAUAAAACACAAUGUCCAACUUGCUGUGUGACAGUCACAGAGCCGGACCUGAAAAACAACCGCGUAUUAGAUGAACUGGUAAAAAGCUUGAAUUUUGCACGGAAUCAUCUGUUGCAGUUUGCCUUAGAGUCACCACCCAUCUCUUCUGCUUCCUCCUCUUCAAAGAACCUUGCUGCCAAAGUGCACACUUCUGUAGCCUUCAGACAUUCAUUAAAGCAAGGAAGCAGGCUAAUGGAGAACUUCUUGAUUAGAGAAGCUGGUGGUUCUGUGUCAGAGUUGCUGAUAAAAGAGAAUGAAAGCAAAUUCAGCCCUCAAAAAGAGCUGAGCUCUUCUGCAAAGACCAGAGGGACACCGUCCGUAGAAAAGUCAGCUCCAGGUUUCUCAGAGGCUAGUGUUCCUGAGACACCCUCUACAUCGGCCUUGAAAGAAGUUACUAAAGUGGAUUGUCCUGUUUGUGGGGUUCAUAUUCCAGAAAAUCACAUUAACAAGCACUUAGACAGCUGUUUAUCACGUGAAGAGAAGAAAGAAAGCCUCAGAAGCUCUGUUCACAAGAGGAAACCACUGCCUAAAACUGUAUAUAACUUGCUCUCAGAUAGAGAUUUAAAGAAAAAGCUAAAACAGCAUGGAUUAUCUGUUCAAGGAAAUAAACAACAGCUCAUUAAAAGGCACCAAGAAUUUGUACACAUGUACAAUGCCCAGUGUGAUGCUUUGCAUCCUAAAUCAGCUGCUGAAAUAGUUCAAGAAAUUGAAAAUAUGGAGAAGACUAGGAUGCGUCUUGAAGCUAGUAAACUCAACGAAAGCAUAAUGGUUUUUACAAAGGACCAAACAGAAAAGGAAAUAGAUGAAAUUCACAGUAACUAUCGUAUAAAACAUCAGAAUGAAUUUCAGCGUCUGGUGGAUCAAGCCAAAAAAGGAUAUAAGAAAACUGUUGGAAUGUCAAAAAAAAAAGUAACAAAAGAAGAAGAUGAAUCUACAGAAAAACUAUUAUCUGUAUGCGUGGGACAGGAAGAUAAUAAAAUGAAAUUCUCAGGUAUACCCUCGGUAACAAACCACUUCCCUCAGUCAAAGCUGGACUCCCCAGGGAAACUAGAGCCUGACAGACCAGAUGAUUCUUCCAGUUGUACUGAUAUUCAAGAGGAAGCUCUUUCUUCACCAGAGUCAGAUUCAUGCAAUAGUUCCAGUUCAGACAUCAUAAGAGAUCUUCUAGAAGAAGAGGAAGCCUGGGAAGCAUCGCACAAAUAUGAUCUUCAAGACACAGAAAUAAGUCCCAGACAGAAUCGUCGAAUGAGGUCAGCUGAAAGUGCUGAGCUCGAGCCAAGAAAUAAGCGGAACAGGAAUUAGUGUGGGUUUGUUGACUUUCCCAGUGCAGUCAUCAGAAGAUGGUACUUUUGUUGCCAUGGUGAUUUCAUAUUCAUAAUUGCCCAAGUGAAGAUGUUACAUUCUAAAUGUUAUGUUUAACUGAUCUUUAUUCUUUUCUGCCUUUCUAGGAAAAAAAAAAAAAAACCUUAGAAAGCAUCCUCACUUGGUCAGUUACCUCCUGCCCCUAAAACAUCUCUCUCUAAAAAUACUGGCAUCCACACAUUCACCAGCUUUGCAGAGGACAGAGACUUUUUGGCAAAAGGGUUUUGUUUGAUUUUGUUUCUAAAUUUCAGAAUGUCCUUAAGCCAUUCUCCUCUUCCAUGGAGAAGCCAACUUCAGAAAAGGAUCCUUUAACCCCUCUACCACAAGGAGUGGUUGAGGCAUUCAGAGCCACUGUGUUUCUGGAAAGGUAGAAUGUCCUAACUCAAGUCCUCCGUGAGCGUGAGCACGUGAGGCCUGGAGGCCAAUGCGCGUGUUACAGCUGUUUCAGGAUGCUUGUUGCCCGAGUUUCAUGUGGUUGUUAGUUAGACCUGUGUCUUACACUUUACUUGGAGUGGGAUGUUAGUACUGUAACCUAAAGGCACAAAACAGUAACUUUGAAACAUUAGGCAUAUUCUUCAGAAAUGGCGCUUACAAAUGAUUCCUUCAUCUUUUUUUCACUUGGGUAAAUCAAAUCUUUAACCCUUUGAAUCCCAGCUAUUAAAUGGAAAGAAUGCAAUAAAUGAAUUUUGUCACUGAAUAGACUCUAUAUCAAUUUAAAAUAAAGUCCUUGAAACAGUCUCCUGUGAAUGGUUGAGUACAAGCUACAAAUCAUUGGAAAGGGUUGAUCAGAAAUUGUCCUCUCAAACAGAAAUAUAGAUCAAUGGAACAGGAUAGAAAGCCCAGAGAUAAACCCACGCACAUAUGGUCACCUUAUCUUUGAUAAAGGA